GGACCCGACGCCCGAACCGAAGUCGCCGCUCGGCCCACGCGCGACUAACGAGGGAAAGAGAAGGCGAUACCGACGCAGAUACAGGCUGAUGUGUCCUCGGUUUUCAUCGCUCAUUCAUUUAGUUGAACAGUUCGUUGUGUUGUGUAUAAGCGACACAGGCGUUGUCGCAGCUCUCUCGCCGGCUCGCCGUCACAACUUUACAAACAUUGUUUUGAAAAUCGAGUCUACAAACAGUGCAAGUAUCGAACGUUUUAAUAAAUAGAACAGUGAUUUAGAUUACGUGAACAUGUGUACUACGGCGAUUAGAAAUAAACCAUUGGGGCUAAAACUGAGAGUGACUCAUGUUUUAAGACUUGUAUUAGCUAAAGUAGCAAGAUUCUUCUUUAGCUUAUACUAUGGUACUGAGGGAGAGAAGAUUCCGCCGAUCCACGAUGAUAUUCUGAAGCAGCCGGCUGUUGAAGUUGCAAAGAAGAUAAGGAACAAAGAGAUAACAAGCGUGGAAGUUCUAGAAGCGUGCAUCAGGCGAAUAAAAGAUGUUAAUUCAGCACUUAACUGCUUUGUGGAAGACCGAUUCGAAUUGGCUCUCAAGGAGGCACGAGAGGCCGAUGACCUCGUCCGGAGCGGGACCAAGACGCCAGCUGAACUCGAGGAAGAACGACCAUUCCUGGGCGUUCCGUUUACGACAAAAGACUGUAUUGCCGUUAAAGGUUUACAUCACACUGCAGGGGUAGUACUUCGUAGAGAUGUUAUUGCAGAGGAGGAUAGUGACGUCAUCAGGCUACUGCGACAAAAAGGAGCCAUCAUCAUUGGAUUGACUAAUGUCCCUGAAUUUUGCAUGUGGUGGGAAACUCACAAUCAUAUCCAUGGGAGGACUAACAACCCUUACAACACUACAAGGAUCGUAGGAGGCUCGUCUGGUGGCGAGGGAUGUUGCCAAGCCGCUGGUGGAAGCAUCUUUGGAAUAGGUUCUGACAUCGGUGGAUCGAUACGAAUGCCGGCUUACUUCAAUGGAAUCUUCGGUCACAAGCCAUCACGUAACAUAGUGUCAAACGAAGGACAGUACCCAGUCCCGGAGUCGGAGUUAUUGGAUUCAUUCUUAGGUAUCGGGCCAAUGACCAAACACGCCGUGGAUUUGAAACCAAUUCUCAAGAUCAUAUCAGGGGACAAUUCUAAGAAACUCGAACUAGACAAACCAGUCGACUUAACAAAACUGAAGUAUUUCUACCAAUUCAGCAACAAUGCACCCAUAGUUGAUGAAGUAGACCCAGAAAUCAAGGCGGCUAUGAAGAAGGUCACAGAAUUUUUGAAAAGGCAAUACCAAAUCGAUGCUGAAGAGAAAAACAUUCCAAUGCUGCGUAAAUCAAUGCCUAUUUGGUUAACUACAAUGAAGGGAAAGAAAAGGUUUGGCGAGUACAUCAUGAAGAAUGAUAGUAUUGGGGGAAUUUGUUGGGAAAUCGUGAAACAUUUCUUUGGCCUGUCUGGAAACACUCUCAUCGCGCUGUUCACAUCUCUAGUCGAUCACAGUGGUGUGGAAGUCGGUAGUGAGAAGUACAACGAGUACCUAAAACUUCGCGAGAACCUCGAGGCUAUCUUCAGUACCAUGCUAGGAGAAAACGGUGUCUUCCUGUUCCCUUCGCAUCCAACUCCAGCCCCCUAUCACAACGAGCCUCUAGUCCGACCGUUGAACUUCUGCUACACUGCGAUUAUUAACUGUUUAGGCUUACCAGCUACUACAAUACCACUAGGACUAAGCAGGGAAGGUUUACCGAUCGGAAUUCAAGUGGUAGCCAAUCACAACCAGGACAGGUUAUGUUUAGCAGUAGCUGAAGAAUUAGAUAAAGCCUUCGGCGGUUGGGUUGAACCCCAAAAAGCAUAAAAAAGUAUCUUCUAAAUCAUUAAUUUUGUAUCUAUUAUAUGAGUAUGUGUCACAAUAUUUUUGUACUUUUAACAUAUUACAAGAAUUGCUUGAAUAUCGAAUUUAUGAGAAAUAUUGACAAUGAUACUUCAAUAUUUUUAUAACAUAAUUUAUUGUGCAAUAUUUUAAUGAUCUAUUUACCUUGAAAGUUAGCAUAGCUGCUUCGGGACUAUUUAGAAUGUUUAUUGAUGUCGCGUAAUUUAUGUAAAAUAGAUUAUAGAUAUACAAUGCGUACAUACACAAUGGUACAUCACAAUGUAUAGGUACAUAGUAAACAUGGAUUAGGGCGAUUUUAAAUCAGAAUAAUAAAAGCUUUUUUCAUAAAA